AUGAUGGCGAUGAUGAUGACUGGCCGUGUGCUGCUGGUGUGUGCCCUCUGCGUGCUGUGGUGCGGUGCCGGCGGUGUUUAUGCGAGGGACCUCGACAACAAGGCACUGGGUGGCUGCAUGGCGUCGGGAGUGUUGGGUAUGAAUACAUCGUAUGUGCCGAACGGAUGUAAUAAAUACAUGCCGAUGCCGCCUUUGCGGUCAGCACUGCCUAUCCCUGCCAUACAAGCCGAAGUUCAGCAAUUGACGGACGUUUCUCAGGAUGACAUUAAAUUAUCCUCAGACACUGCUCCAGAAUCUGGUUCUGGAGUUGGAAGCGGAGGUUCUCCGGGCCCUGCUGCUUCUCCGACAGGUGCUGUUCCAGGUGCUGGUGUUCCUGCUGCUACUGGUCCUGCUGGUCCUGCUGCUGCUGCUGGUGGUGGUCCUACUGGUGUUACUGAUCCUGCUGCUGCUGCUCCUGGUGGUGGUGGUGGUGGUCCUGCCGGUGUUACUGGUUCUUCCGGUUCCGCGGUUUCUUCUGUUGUUCCUUCUCUUCCUGCUGAUUCAGAAAAUAGUAAAACGGGUUGCGGAGAGGAGGCGUCGGAUUGCGGAAGUCAAGAAAAGUUGGAAAAGUCAAAAGUGGAAAAUCAGGAUUUGGAAAAAUCCAACACAGCAGAAUUACCAGCGACACAAAAUACGAAAUCAAAAGACAAUGAGGAGGACUCAACGGAAGCAUCAAGUACGGAAUUGCAGAAUACGGAAACCCAACAAGAAACAAAACCGCCAGUAGAUGAGAAUGACACUACGAGCACCGAUGCAUCCACAGCGGUUGCCGCACAGAGUACAUCGGCCGGCAGUCAAGAAGAAGCAACUGAGUCAUCUUCCGAUGGCAGUCAUUCUCCACUUCGGGGGGAAGUAUUCACUGGAACGGACACUCCCAAGAAUGCUCCAUCUCCGGCUGCCGCGGAAGCAGAAAAACGCCAAGGAGAAAAUGUGACGAAAGAUGGCGACAGCGGCAGCACCACCGCGGUCUCCCACACCACCUCCCCUCUUUUGCUUCUUGUUGCUUGUGCGGCUGCUGCUGUGGUGGUGGCCGCGUGA